AUGGAGCCGGCGGGGCGCUGCGCUGCCCAGGGAGGGGAGGGCGCUCCGGCGGGGUUUGGUGGGGGGCAGACCCUGAAGCCCUAUGACAGUUUCAUCCGCACCCACCUGCGCUUCUAUGGCUACUUCCGAGGCCAGAAGACAGGCAGGGAAGAGACUGCCAUGUCCCCGGGGGACCCCUCCGGGCAGCAUCCCAAGGCAUCCACCCGGGGCAGUACCGACCCUGGCUGGCAACGAGGUCCUGGGCAUGAGCCAAACCCCCCCGGGGCACCGGAGCAGACGCCCCACCGGAGCAGGCCRGCUCCCUCAGGGCAGCCCUGGAGGUCUCCAGGAGAACCACGGGCUCUCUUCUCCCUCCCCGCUCCCCGAUGGCCUGUGGAGUGUGAAGUCAUCCAGGAGAUGAUCGAGCACAUUGAGUGGGUCCCCCCCGAACCAGAGCCCUUCUGCCCAGCCACGGACGCAGAGCAGGCCCCAGACACUCUCAGUGAGGAGCUGGGCACCGUCGUCUACCACUGCAGCCCAGCACUCCAAGGCUCCUGCUUCACCCGUGCUCGGGUYGGGGGGGCCCCGGGGCCUCUCUCCUCACCGGCAGCUCCCUUGGAGGGUCCCCAGGACACCACGCUGCUCUUCGAGUCCCGCUUUGAGAGCGGGAACCUCCAGAAGGCCAUCAAGGUGGGUACCUACGAGUACGUGCUGAUGCUGCGACCGGACCUGUACACGGCCAAGCACACCCAGUGGUUCUACUUUCGUGUCCAAAACACCCGUCGGGAGCCGCUCUAUCGUUUCACCAUCRUCAACAUGGCCAAGCCCAAGAGCCUCUAUGGCCAGGGCCUGCAGCCGCUGCUCUAUUCCCAGCGGGAUGCCCGGAGCCACGGCAUCGGCUGGCGCCGGGUCGGGACCGAYAUCCGCUACUCCCGUGGCGGUGCGGGGGAGCAGCCGGCGUUCCGGCUCAGCUGGACGGUGCGCUUCCCACACGACAGUGACACGUGCUUCUUCGCCGCCUGCUACCCCUACACCUAUUCCGACCUGCAGCGCUACCUGCGGGCGCUGGCGGCCGACCCGGUGCGCUCACGGUACUGCACAGUGCAGACGCUGUGCCGCAGCCUGGCCGGCAACGCUGUGUACCUGCUGACCGUCACCGGCCCUGGCGGCACAGCCGGCAAGAGGGUGGUGGUGGCGAGCGCCCGUGUGCACCCCAGCGAAAGCGGCGGCUCCUGGGCCAUGAGGGGAUUCCUUGAUUUCCUGCUGAGUGCCCAUGCCGACGCACAGCUCCUGCGGCGCCUCUUCGUCUUCAAGGUGGUGCCGAUGCUCAACCCCGACGGGGUGGUGGUGGGCAACUCCCGCUGCUCCCUGGCGGGACGGGAUCCCAACAGGGCCUAUGGGAUGGUGCUUCCCGGCCGCUUCCCUGGCGUGUGGCACCUGCGGGCCAUGGUCCAGAGGGUGCUGGCGGAGCGGGAGGUGCUGCUGUACUGUGACUUCCACGGGCACAGCCGCAAGAACAACGUCUUCAUGUACGGCUGCGAUGCCAGCGGGGAUGGCUCCGGGACACGGCUGCGCCAGCGCCUGUUCCCCUUGAUGCUGAGCAAAAACGCCCCCGACAAGUUCUCCUUCACCAGCUGCAAGUUCCAGGUGCAGAAGAGCAAAGAGAGGACGGGCCGGGUCUCCAUGUGGCGCCUGGGCGUCUCCCAGAGCUACACGCUGGAGGUGGCUUUCAGUGGCUCCACGCUGGGCGGGAGGAGCUUCCACUUCAGCGUGGAGGACCUCAAGUCGCUGGGCCGUCUCCUUUGUGACACUCUGCUCGAUUUCUGCGACCCCGCGCCUGCCAAGGUGGGGUCAGACUCAGCCCAGGGUGACCUAGUGCCACUGGACUGUGGUGACACUGGUGCUGUCCCACAGCUCCAGCAGUGCCUGGCAGAGGCGGAUGCGCUGCUGCGGCGGCAGAUGGGCCACAAGCCAGGCUCUGGAGGCAGCUGGAGUGAUGUGUCCCCCUCAGAGCUYGAAUCCAGCACCAGUGGCUCYGACAGCUCCUUAUCUGAYGGGAAUCCAGAUGACUUCCACAGCYCAGAUCUGCCMGUGAGUUCCCGUCCACGCAGGAGGAAGCGCCUGCRGAGACGGGGAGUGAGGAAUACCCUGCGCCGGACAGCCUGGAGCCACACCAGCAUCCCGGCCAGGACCCGCAGGUAUCCAGCUCUUCCUGGUGUCCAGAGUGGAGAGAAGCCCAGAGCAAGCUCCAGUGUCACCUUUCCCAGGACAYCUGGAGCAGGGAAUGGCCACUGUGCCACCAUGGGAAGGCAUCAGCUGGACAGUGGCACGAGUGCUGUGUCACACCGCCGGCCACCACUGAGCUCCSGCCACUGUGGUGGCACCAGUGACCRCUCCCGGGAUCCGGCUGUGGGAGUGAUUCUGGGGCCAUCGUGGCAGCAGAGUGGGCGCAGGCCUGGGGACCAGGCACGUCCCUUCAGUGUCCCCACAGUGGCUUCACGCUGCUAUGCCUGUGCUCGGCAGUAA